UUUUGAUCAAAUAUUAAAAUAUAUCUAUUAAUAAAAAUAAGCAGUUUACGAAGAGUGUUGAAAUAAAAGUAGACUAUGUACAGCUAAUAUUUCUAGCUUAAAUGGACUAGUUAUUAGUAUCAUACUUUCUGUAAGAUUACAUUGUCUUUGGAGAGUAACUGACUUACAUUCGAAUCCAGCGUAUGGGAUCGUGGAGGUACACUUCUGAGGAGUCCCAUACAGUUAAAAUAUGAAAUGACUAUAACGGAUUAUAUAAUCUUAAUUUGAUCUCUGUUCUAAGUUAAUUGUCAGUAUUCCUAAUAAUUCAUUGUUUCAUUAAUUUGUGCAAUUAAAAAAAACUUGAUUUGGUUGAAAAUAAUUUUUGAUCGGGCUUUAAAAGAUGAGAAAAAACAUGGAGACAAAAUCAAUGUUCGAUCUCAUGAACUUGUUAUCUUGCGUUUCAAUUGUAGUGAAAAUUUAUUGAUUACACUGUGGAAAUUGUUACUAACCAAUAUCCCGAGUCUAUUUAACAAAGUUGAGCUGAAUAGUUUGAAAAUUUGUAUGGAACAUAAUACUUCUAAAAUAUAGAAAUUUAUGAAAGAAAUAAUUAGAAUAAGGAUUUUCUUAACAUUAAUUCCAAACUACAUUUAACGUUUCUGCAGUCUAAUAAUCAAUCAUGUGAUUGAUAUUACAGGAGUCUAAUCCAAAAGAUCUUUGCUGUUGAAAGAAGAAAUUCCCAUUUGGUAUAGUAAAUCAUCAGUUUGUUUCAUGAUUCCUAAAACAAUAUUUGUGUUUUAUUUUUGGUAUGAAUCCUAAUUUCUCAUAAGUCUUCAAGACUUCCACAAACUCAGUUUCCUUAUCAGGUCCCUCAAGAAUAAUUAUCCAUCCAUGGUGUAGGCAACCACAAUAUGAUAAUCGUUUUCACACCUCUAAUACCAUUUGGAAAUGUUUGGGGGCAUAGGUUUUUGUUAUUCCGAAAUGCGUUUAUGAUUCUUUUUUGGAAAAUUAUCUAGUAAACUAGGAAAUAAUCUACAAAGUUAAGCUUUAUCGUGCUUUCAGAGAACUAAUUAAACAACUAAGAAGCACUAGUGAAAAGUUCUUUCACUAUAUUUUUCCUUGUUUUUCGAAUAAGUCAAGUUAAAUGAAUAAUGUUGUGCGAAAAAGUACCAACAAUUAAGAAAUCCAAGUAAUAUACCAUAUGGAAUACCUUUGUAUAUGAAAAAAAUGACAGGAACUACUGAAAUAGAUUUUUUAAUGAUUAAACAAUAUACCGAUUUUUAAAACAAUCUAAAACACUAUUGUAUUGUGAGUGCCAUGUUGAUGUUUCUUCUUGAAUAACUACCAUUUUUUUAACAGAAUGGCUAUAAUGUAUAUACUUGAAAAAGAAUUCGACAGUAUUGAUAAAAAUUCUGAUGGAUUUCUAAGUAGAGCUGAAAUUAUUAGCUGUUUGGAAAGUUUUGGUUUUCCUAAAAGUAAAGCUGAAGAAGUUAUCAAACUGUAUGAUGAAAAUAAAGAUGGGAAAAUAUCUAAAAAUGAAUUCAUGAAAGCUACCAAUAAGAAACUUUCACAAUCUGAUGUAUCAUGUGCUGCAUUAAGGAAAAUAUUUCGUGAAAUGGAUCGAAAUAAAGAUGGAACUAUUUCAAAAGAAGAAAUAAAAAAUUACAUGAAAAAUGAUUGUAAUUUUAUAUUCCCUAUACAAGUUGAACAAUGGGUUGAUAAAUAUGAUAAAAAUAAAGAUGAAAGAUUAAAUUAUGAAGAAUUUAUUGGAUUUGUUUCAGAAUAUUUGUAAAUAUAAUUUCUUUUUUGGCAUAAUAAUUAUUAUCAUUGUACUAAAUUUCAUAUUCAAUAAGUAUAUUUUAGUGAAUGACAAUAUAAACUACAUUUUUAGUACUUUUUUAUUUAUUUGAAUGAAUUUUCAAACUUAGUAUUGUUUCAAUACACUUUUA